AUGGAUGCUGCUACUAGGAUCAUGCGGUACUUAUAUACAACUAGAGAUUAUGGUAUCAGAUAUAGGUCAAAAUUAAAAAGGCAGCUGACUGUGUACACAGAUGCCUCACAAGGUGCUGCAUGGGACAUGCCAUUUUCCACAAGUGGUUAUGCUACUUUCCUAGCUGGUGGUGCUAUAACAUGGUGUUCAAGAAGAAUUAGAUCCACAAUAUGCUUAUCUUCCACUGAGGCUGAAUGCAUAGCUGCAAGUGAAGCAGUAUUAGAAAUAAUGUGGUUAUAUAACCUCUUAGAACAUAUGGGAUACCCACUCUCAGAGAACCUAUUGGUGAUAGAUAAUGAGCCUGCUAUCAAACUAGCAUCACAUCCCAUUCUGCACUAUCCAAAGCAAGGGUUUGAACUUUACCAGCAACACCACUAA